AUGAGUGUUUUUGCAGCGGCGCGCCAGCGGGCAACACAUUAUGCCAAUCGAAAUCCCUUAUUUGCGAAACUUAAUAAAACCCACCUUGAAUACUUCAACUGUGUGCUUCGGGAGCCAUUUCCCAAGAAUAAAAAACCGGGGAGGAUGCUGACAGAUCCGAAUAAAAUUGUGUCUUUCAAUAGGGAUUGGAUGAACCAGGUGGAGGGGGAAUGUCCCGUGGUUCUUCUCCCAACAUCAACUCAGCAAGUGGCAGCCAUCCUACGCUACUGCCAAAGUGAGAAAAUUGGGAUUGUUCCACAGUGUGGGAACACCGGGUUGGUGUAUGGUUCUUCUGCACUUCACGACGAAGUCAUCCUCAGUCUCAGGGAAAUGAACGGCGAUCCUGUUGUCUCUCCACAGACUAUGUCCACAGAAGCGGAGGCGGGUGUCAUCCUUCAGCAACUGCAGGAGGCGGCAAAGGCCCAUGACCUCCUUGUGCCUAUUACAAUGGGGUCCAAAGGGAGCGCACAAAUUGGUGGUGCUGUAAGCACAAAUGCAGGUGGUAUUCAUUUUGCCCGAUACGGAUCUAUGCACGCAAAUGUGCUGGGUCUUGAGGUGGUGACGGCUCAAGGAGAAGUGCUGGACAUGAUGUCUACCCUCAGAAAGGAUAAUGCGGGGUAUGACAUGAAGCAUCUUUUUAUUGGGAG